GCGAGAGUUUCGGCGGUCCGAGGUACAGCCCCAGCCUGCGCGCGGGCGGAGGCGCCGUGUUUCGAAAUGCAGCGGGAUUUAGCGAGUUUCCCGCUGUCGCCGGCGGUGCGCGUGAAGCUGGUGACUGCGGGCUUCCAGACGGCUGAGGAGCUCCUGGAAGUGAAGCCUUCCGAGCUCAGCAAAGAAGUUGGGAUAUCUAAAGAGGAAGCCUUAGAAACUCUGCAAAUUAUAAGAAGAGAAUGUCCUACAAAUAAACCAAGAUAUGCUGGUACAUCUGAGUCAGGCAAGAAGUGUACAGCAUUGGAACUUCUUGAACAGGAGCAUACCCAGAGCUUCAUAAUUACCUUCUGUUCAGCAGUAGAUAAUAUUCUUGGGGGUGGAAUACCCUUAAUGAAAACAACAGAAAUUUGUGGUGCACCAGGUGUUGGAAAAACACAAUUAUGCAUGCAGCUGGCAGUGGAUGUGCAGAUACCAGAAUGUUUUGGAGGAGUAGCGGGUGAAGCAGUUUUUAUUGAUACAGAGGGAAGUUUUAUGGUUGAUAGAGUGGUAGAGCUGGCUACUGCCUGCAUUCAGCAUCUUCACCUAAUAGCAGGAGCACACAUGGAAGAGGAACAUCAAAAAGCUUUGGAAGAAUUCACUCUUGAAAAUAUUCUUUCCCAUAUUUAUUAUUUUCGUUGUUGUGACUACACAGAGCUACUGGCGCAAGUUUAUCUCCUUCCUGAUUUCCUUUCAGAACACUCAAAGGUUCGAUUAGUGAUUGUAGAUGGUAUUGCUUUUCCUUUUCGUCAUGAUCUUGAUGACCUAUCCCUUCGUACUCGGUUACUAAAUGGCCUAGCCCAGCAAAUGAUAAGCCUUGCAAAUAACCACAGAUUAGCUGUAAUUUUAACCAAUCAGAUGACAACAAAAAUAGAUAAAAACCAGGCCUUGCUAGUUCCUGCAUUAGGAGAAAGUUGGGGACAUGCUGCUACAAUACGACUAGUCUUUCAUUGGGACCAAAACCAAAGGUUGGCAACAUUGUACAAAUCACCAAGUCAGAAGGAAUCCACAGUACUGUUUGAAAUCACAUCUCAGGGAUUUAGAGACGCUGUUGCUACUGCAUGUUUAUUGAAAACAGAAGGUUCACUGAAUUCCCGGAAGCGGUCCCGAGAACCUGGGGAAGAACAGUAACCCAGAAACUAAUCUCAAAUAUACAAAUACAUUGAUGCUAUAAAAUUCAGUGUGUACAAGUAAUAGACUGUGGCAUGAAUGAAACAAAAUUAUUUGAAGUGAAUGUGAAAAAUAGCUAACGAAUAUCAGUCUUUGAAAAAGUUUUACAAGUUCUACAGUUAUACUUUUCCCUGUUUUAGUUUUCAGUAACAUUAAAUAGAGUAAAUAUAAGUAUUGUAUUUCAUAAAUGUGGAAAACUUAUUUUAUUGGCCAGUCAGUUUACUGUUCAGACUUUUUCACCUUUCUUGCCAAUAACUUAGAUGAUCCUAAGAAAAUGUUAUUUUCAUAUUUUUCUUGUGUUCUCUUCAAAUGUAGCUUUGAUAAUUCUUUUUUUUUAAUCUGAAUUGCAUGCGUGAUGCUUUUUUUUUUUUAAAGAUUUAUUUAUUUAUUUGAAAGUCAGAGUUACAGAGAGAAGGAGAGGCAGAGUAAGAGAGAGAGAGAGAGGCUUCCAUUCACUGGUUCAUUCCCCAACAGGCCACAACAGCCAGAGCUGCGCCGAUCCAGAGCCAGAAGCUUCUUCCUGGUCUCCCAUAUGGCUACAGGAGCCGAAGGACUUGGGCCAUCUUCUACUGCUUUCCCAGGCUAUAGCAGAGAGCUGGAUUGGAAGUGGAGCAGCCUGGACUAGAACCGGGACUAGAACUGCUGGGAUGCCAGCAGUGCUGGCUUUACCCGCUAUGCCACAGCGUCCACCCCCGAUAAUUCUUUUUUGAAAAAAAUUUUUUGAAAUAUUUAUUAAUUUAUUUGAAAGGCAGAGUUACAGAGAGGCAAAGGCAGAGAGAGAGAGAGAGUGGUCUUUCAUCUGUUGUUUCACUCCUCAGAUGGCAACAACAGCUGGAGCUAGGCUUCUCUGAAGCUGGGAGCGUCGUCCAGAUCUUCCACGUAGGUGCAGGGGCCCAAGGACUUGGGCCAUCUUCCACUGCUUUCCCAGGCCAUAGCAGAGAGCUGGAUCAGAAGUGGAGCAGCUGGGACCUGAAUUGGCGCCCAUAUGGGAUGCUGCCAAUGCAGGUGGCAGCUUUACCCACUAUGCCACAGUGCUGACUCCUUCAAUAAUUCUUAAAAAUGACCUAUUUUUAUUAUUAUAAAGAGAAAUCAGCACUUUGUAUCAUUAUGUUCAGUUUUAUGAGUAGGAUACACAUUUUAGAUGACCAAACUUAUUUUGGUGACCUCAAUUCUAAAAUCUAAGCCAUUUGUUUAAUUUUUUAAAAAGAUUUAUUUAUUUGAAAGUCAGAGUUACCCACAGAGAGAGAAGGAGAGGCAGAGAGAGAGAGAGAGAGAGAGGUCUUCCAUCUGCUGGUUCACUCUCCAGUUGACUGCAACGGUCAGAGCUGCGCUGAUCCAAAGCCAGGAGCCAGGAGUCUCUUCCAGGACUCCACGGGGGUGCCAGGAUCCAAGGACUUGGGUCGUCUUCCACCUCUUUCCCAGGACAUAGCAGAGAGCUGGAUCAGAAGUAGAGCAGCUGGGACUCCAACUGGCGCCCAUAUGGGAUGCUGGCACUGUAGCUGGCAGUUUAACCUGCUACUCCACAGUGCUGGCCCCUUGUUUAGUUUUGUGCAAUUUUGUAAUGUUAAGGGGAGGACAUUGAAGCUACUAUAUAGAAAUUGUUUGGGGGCUGACAUUGUGGUAUAACAGGUUAAGCCAUUGCCUGCAAUGCUGGCAUCGCAUAUGGGCAACGGUUUGAGUUCUGGCUGCUUCACUUCUGAUCCAGCUCCCUGCUAAUGGCCUGGGAAAGCAGUGGAAGAUGGCCCAAGUGCUUUGGCCCCUGUACCCACGUGCGAAACCUUUAAGAUGCUCCUGGAUCCUGGCUUUGGCCUGAUCCAGCCCUGUCUGUUGCAGCCAUUUGGGGAGUAAACCAGCAGAUGGAAGAUCUCUCUAACUGCCUUUCAAAUAAAUAAAGUAAACCUUAAAAACUGGAAAAGAAAUGGUUUGGAAUAUAUAUCUUCCAGAAUAGUCAUAUUGAUAACCUUACAAUUAUUUUUGUUCACAUUUUAGGACACUUUUGAAACAUGGUGGGAUCCAUUUUAGAAUGCUUGGUAUAUUGACAUUUUCCUUUGAAAAUCUUUACCCUUGGGGCUGGCGCUGUGGUGCAGCGGGUUAACGUCCUGGCCUGAAGCGCCAGCAUCCCAUAUGGGCGCCGGUUCUAGUCCUGGCUGCUUCACUUCCUAUCUAGCUCUCUGCUAUGGCCUGGAAAAGCAGGAGAAGAUGACCCAAGUCCUUGGGCCCCUGUACCUGUGUGGGAGACCUGGAAGAAGCUCCUGGCUUCGGACUGGCAGAGCUCCGGCCGUUGCGGCCAUCUGGGGAGUGAACCAACGGAUGCAAGACCUCUCUCUGUCUCUGCCUCGCUCUGUAACUCUUUCAAAAAAAUAAAAUAAAUCUUAAAAAAAAAUUUAAAAAGAGGAAACAACAUGUUAAAAAGAACACAUUUAUAAAAAGAAAAAGAAAAAAGAAAAUCUUUACCUUGCCUGAAUAAAUUAAAAUUUUCAAUUCUUGAAUGGUUUCAAAAUCAUCUAAAAAUGUUUUGGUACUUAGAUGUUCUGAAUCCAUUCGAAAUUUUGGUUCCCUGUGAUGAGAUAUAUUUAAAUAACCAAUUAUUAUAUACUGUGAUAACAGUAUUUUCCAGAUUUUAGUGGUAGGUGGUAUAUCCUGUCCCAAGUAAAUGCUAAAUUUAUAAAAUUUUUCAGUAUGGGCUGGCGCCGUGGCUCACUUGGUUAAUCCUCCACCUGCGGCACCAGCAUCCCAUAUGAGCACUGGGUUCUAGCCCCAGUUGCACCUCUUCCAGUCCAGCUCUCUGCUGUGGCCUGGGAAGGCAGUGGAGGAUGGCCCAAGUGCUUGGGCUUCACCCACAUGGGAGACCAGGGAGAAGCACCUGGCUCCUGGCUUCGGAUCAGCACAGCGCCGGCUGCAGUGGCCAUCUGGGGAGUGAACCAAUGGAAUGAAGACCUUUCUCUGUCUCUCUCUCACUAUCUAUAACUCUACCUGUCAAAUAAAAAAAAUUAAUUAAUUUAAAAAAUUUCUUCUGUAAAUGAUUAUACAUAGAAUAGGCACAGUUUAUCAAGAUGUUUUGAGAGUAAAAGCAGGUACUGGUUAAUAAUUAUACCAGUAUAGUGGACAUAAGCCAGGGUUGUCCAGGAAAAUCAAAUAUAUGGUCAUUCUAACUAUAUAAAACUAAUUUCAAAUGACUACUGAGGGGCUGGCGCCGCAGCUCACUAGGCUAAUCCUCCGCCUGCGGUGCCGGAACCCCGGGUUCUAGUCCCGGUUGGGGCGCCGGAUUCUGUCCCAGUUGCUCCUUUUCCAAUCUAGCUCUCUGCUGUGGCCUGGGAAGGCAGUGGAGGAUGGCCCAAGUGCUUGGGCCCUGCACUCGCAUGGGAGACCAGGAGAAGCACCUGGCUCCUGGCUUCGGAUCACCGGCCACAGCAGCCAUUUUGGGGUGAACCAACAGAAGGAAGACCUUCUCUCUGUCUCUCUCUCUCUCUCUCACUGUCUAACUCUGCCUGUCCAAAAAAAAUAAAGAAAGAAAGAAAGAAAGAAAAAGAAAAAGAAAAGAAAUAAUGAUCGGGGUCAGCACUAUGGCUUAGUGUGUAAAGCUGGUGCCUACAGUGCUGGCAUUCCAUAUGGGCGCCUGUUUGUGUCUUGGCUGCUCCACUUCCAAUCCAGCUCUCUGCUAUAGCCUGGGAAAGCAGUAGAAGAUGGCCCAAGUCCUUCGGCCCCUGCACCUGCGUGGGAGACCUAGAGGAAGCUCCUGGCUUCGGAUUGACACAGCUCCAGCCAUUGUGGCCAAUUGGGUAGUGAACCAGUGGAUAGAAGACACACACACACUCUCUCUCUCCUCCUCUCCCCCCGUAUAACUCUGACUUUCAAAUAAAUAAAUAAAUAUUUUUUAAAAAGCAUGAUGCUUGGAUGAUUCAUAUCCAAAUUAAAAAUUGAAAAGCAUUGUGAUAGACUUAUGCUACCAUUUAAAACAAAUUUUUAUGUAAAUGAAUUUAUUAAUACAUUAGAAUCAGAGUGACAACAAAUGCAUGAUAUAAAACAAUUAAAAAUUUUUGUCAUUUGUUUAUUUGAAUGAGGGAGACCUCCCAUUAGCCAGUUGCUCCCCAGAUACCCUCAAUAGCCUGUGCUGUUUGUCAAAGACAGGAACCUGGAAUUUGUUUCUCACACAUGGGUGGCAAGGACCUAACCACUUGAGCCAACAGUUGCUUCCUCCCAGGUUGUAUAUUAGCAGGAAGGUGGAAUCGGGUGAAGCCAGGAUUUGAACCCAGAUACUCUGAUAGGGAAUGCAAGUAUCACAAGCAGUGGCUUAACUACUGUACCAAACACAUGCCUCUGUGCUAUCAUUUUUAAAAAAAUAUUUAUUUAUUUGAGAGGUAGAAUUACAGAAUGAGAGGGAGAGACACAGAGAAAGGUCUUCCAUCCUCUUGUUCACUUCCCAAACGGCUACAACAGCUGGAGCUGAGCUGAUCUGGAUCCAGGAGCCAGGAGCUUUUUCUUGGUCUCCCACACAGGUGCAGGGGCCCAAGCACUUGGGCCAUCUUCCAGUGCUUUCCCAGGCUAUAAGCAGAGAGCUGGACUGGAAGAGGAACAGAUGAGACACGAACUGGUACCCAUAUAGGAUGCCAGUUCCACACUGCCUACUACGCAUAGCCCUGGCCCCUGUGCUACCGUUUUUAAAAUGCAUUCAUAAAUGGUCAUUCCCGUUUAUGAAACUAUGAAGAAAAGUUCCUUAGUUUUUUGGAAACUGAUUUUCAAAGAUGAUUAUUUCUUAUUCAGUUAUUAAAUAUACAUAAAUACGUACUUUCUCCUGCCCCCAGCAUUAUCUGUUACUUGGUUUUAGCUCAUUAUGUGAUAGUGCUUGUAUUCUCCACAAUUUAUAUGGGCUUGCCACCUAAUGUAAAAUUGUUUAAAGUCCUACUUCCUGAUAGAUCAGUGAUUGCAUUCAGAUUUCCUCAAAAAUAUAAUCAAAAGAUUAUAUUGCCUUUUACUGUAUUUCAUGCCAUUGCUGAAAUUCAUUCUUUCUGGCAAUGAAUUUACAUACAUAAAUAAACUUGCAUACAUAAACAAAACCAUUUAUUUGCAGUGUCUUUUUUAUUUUACUUUAACUUUAUAGUAUGAGUUGGCCACAGUAAAACACAAGCCAUUAAUGUAAUCUAAAAAUUACUCAUUCUGGGAAGAAAAAUACUACUAACAGUUCACAAUUUGCUUUGCUUUGAGAAAUUCUUUCUAUUCUGUGUACUUUGGGAAUGAAUUUUAGUCUAAAAAAGUUCUUUAUUUGUUUUAAAGAUUUAUUGAUUGAUUUAUUCAUUUAUUUGGAAAGCAGAAUGACACAGAGAGAGACAGACUCCCCAGUCUGCUGGUUCACUCCCUAAAUGGCUGCCAAUGGUCAGGGCUGGGCCAAGGCAAAGCCAAGAGACAGGAACUCCAUCUUGGUCUCCCAUUUGAGUGGCAUGGGCCCAAGUACUUGGGCCAUCUUCUGCUGCCUUCCCAGGAUCAGAAGUAGAGCAGAGGCUGGCACUGUGGUACAGCAGGUAAAAGCUCUGGCCUAUAGCGCCAGCAUCCCAUAUAGGUGCCUGUUCAAGUCCCAGCUGCUCCACUUCUUUUUUUUUUUUUUUGACAGGCAGAGUGGAUAGUGAAAGAGAGAGUGAAGGACCCUUAUGGGGGAGAGGGACAAGAAACUAGGCCUGGGCAGAUAUCAGGGGCU